UGACUGUGGCUCUUCCUCCGGGGGCGGAUCAGUGGAGCAGGUGCUGCGAGGCUCUAAGCGCCGCCUUCACUCACUCCACUGCGGCUCACUCAGCGCUCUCGACCGCCGCGCCGCCGCCGGAGAACGCCAUGGAUUUACUCCAGCUCUAAAUACGCUGGAAACACGCUUUUUCUUCUGUUUUAAGUUAUGAGCCAUGAGCCCAAGUCUCCAUCAUUAGGCAUGAUUUCGGCAGCACCAUGCAGCAUGGCGACUGUAAGCCCCCUCACUCCUUCCCCCAUCAGCGGAGCAAUGGUAGGCAACGGGAGCCCUGCGUCUCAGUCUGGACACUCAGGAUUCGCCGCCGCUCUCCGCAAGCUCGCCAAACAGGCCGAAGAGCCAAGAGGCUCCAUUAGUGGCGAGUCAUCACAUGUUUCCUCCCCGGUGGCCAAUCACAUUUCUCCAGUCAGUACGCCUAAGCGGGUUGCCAUGGGUACCAGCCUGGGCCCACCCACGGUCACCCCUCCUGUGGUCACCAUCGCCCCGACAAAAACAGUCAAUGGCUUCUGGAGGUCUGAAGGACGCCAGGCUGAUGCAGGAUUAAGAGUGUCCGGCCAUGAGCGUUUAGCCCCAGACCGGCCUUUACCAGGCCAGGAGAAGCCCUCCCUCUCUCUCCCUCCGUACCUGGGUUCAGCACAUCCUUUCAGCAUGACCCCGGGUGCUCUGAUGCAGACCCACUUGUCCCGGCAGGUUCCUCAUAUGCUGCUAGCAGGGGCUCAGGGUGAGUAUGUUCGCGAUGGCUUUCGUCCGUACGCCACCGCUGAAGAGCUGCGGAUGCCUUUAGGGUUCCCUCUAGGGCUCAGCCCAGGAACAGCAGCUGAUGCUCUGGCGUACUUUCACUCAGGAUAUUUGCCUCACCCCUCACUCGCUUCAUACAGGAUGGAGGAUUAUUACAGACUGUCCGCCCUGCGCUCGCAUUACUACCCGCUUCCAGAGGGGGGAUCCCUGCCGGCCCUCCACUCGUCUGCUGUGCACCUGCCCAUGCCGGGCGUCUUUUACCCUCCUGACAUCACACACCAGUCGCUGUCAGCGCUGCACUCUGAGAGGCUGCAGAUGGAAGAGGAGCUUCGCCAGCAGGAGAGGGAGCGAGAGCGAGAGAAGGAGAGAACGCGUGAAAUCGAACGAGAGCGGCAGUGGGAACAGGAGGUGCAGAGAGAGAAAGACCGAGAGCGAGAGAAGGAAAGAGAGCUGGAGAUUAAAAGAGAGCGAGGCAGAGACAUGCAGACGGUCAAGGCUGUGGAGAGACGCCACCUGAGCCACGAGCCGCCGGCCGGCCAACACUUGAUCUCACAGUCUUAUCCAUACACACACCGGCAGCCCGUGAAGGAACGAGCCAAGCUGGAGGAAAGACUCGCUGCUAACAGACCUGACAAACCCAAAGAAACGCCGUUGUUCAUGCCUCAGUCUGGUCCAUACUCAUCCUCAGGAGGUCCUUCCUCCAUCUCAACCUCAGCCCCCGGCCUCUCUUCAAGCGUCCCGUUUGGGAAGAGCCACAGGCCCAUGGUAACUCCCAUGAUGCUCCAGCGGCAGGAGGACGACGACAGAUGGCUCGGCAGACAGAGGGCGCUGAAGGUGGAGAGAGCGGACAGACACGGCCAGGAGUUUCAACAGCAAGACAAGCAGCAGGAUAAAUGUUUUCUGUGUUUCAGGUAUAGCACACACCAUCAUGACAGGGGUGUCAGAGACAUGCCUCAACCUCUGGGGGCGCCGCCGCCUCUCAUCACCCCCAAACCUCUCCCUCGGGACCAGCACCCCUCUUCUCCUGCUCCCAGCAGCUUCUGGAACCCAGUCUCCCUCCUCAACUCACCCUCUGACCGCCCUCUAUCCCACAUCCGUCCUUACUCAGGCCACAGCAGACCAAAGCCUCCUGAGGAGGACGUCAGGCCUUCCACCAUGCGGGUCAGCAGCCUCCUGGAGUCUGGCAAACACCUGGCAGAGCUGGAGAAAUCCACCUGCAGCUUCCUGAACCAGCAGAGGGCCUCCUUCUCCCAACCAGGACAAUCUGCAGACAACAGGCCACCCCAGGGACCAGCUCUAGACCGGACAGACCCCAUGAUGGUGUAUGACCAGGCUCUCCAGCAGCACAGGAGACUCGUCAGCAAGCUUGACCUGGAGGAGAAGAAACGCAGGGAAGCCAGAGAGAAAGGUUAUUACUAUGAAUUCGAUGACUCCUAUGAUGAGAGCGAUGAGGAGGAAGUUCGAGCCCAUCUGAGAAGAGUCGCUCAGCAGCCUCCUCUCAAACUAGACACGUCUACAGAGAAGACAGAGUUUCUGUGUUUGUUUGGACUGACGACGCUCUCGAAGCGGGAUGAGCUGCUGGAGAUGAAGAGGAGGAAGAGGAGGAGGAUGCUGCAGGAGCGAGCCCCUUCACCCUCAGCCGUGCCGAGCAAACGUAAGACUCCGCCUCCUCCUCAUCCUCCGCUCAGCACGCGCUUCACCCCGGAGGAGAUGGACCGCACUGACGAACUGGACGACAAGAAACACUUCCUCAGCAUGUUCGACCUCACUCAUGUCAGUCUGGAAGAAAGACAAAAGAAAAAGAAGAUCAUGGACUUGCUGGAAGCUAUCAAGCUAAAAACUGUUACUUUGGACACACUCCGAUACGCCACAGACAAGCCCUGCUCCAGCCCGUCCACUUCAGUGUCCGCUGUCUCACAUCUCAAUCAGUCAGUCAGUAAUGUUCACCCUGAACCCCGAAAUCACUCGCAUGAAAACCCUGAUCCGCCUCAAGACCCGCCACCACUGACUCCUCUCCACACUCAAGGCCAACCCAACAUGACGUCCCCCAGCAGAAGGGGCCCGGGCCAGCAGCCCCUCGCCCGACCCAAGGACCGGCCGCAUGGAUCGAACGGAGUAAAACUCCCCGUCUGGGAGCAAAUCAACUCUGAGGAGUUCGCACAGAACUUCCAUCAGUCUGUGUUGCAGUCCACUCAGAUAUCCCAACAGAAACAGAAAGGUGGAGCGAAUGAGCAGUUUGAGUCCCCUGCGCUUCCUCCUCCAGGCCUCAAGAGGGCAAUGAACACACUCCCUAAUGGACAAAGCAAUGGCCACUCCUGCCAAAUAUUGGCCCAACGUGACUCUCCAGGCACGGGGAAUGACUUCUCAGCUGAGGAGGGCAUCAGUUCGGAUGAAGACGAGGAAGAGGAGUCGUUCAGUCCCAAGUGGAAAGGGAUCGAGUCGAUAUUUGAGGCGUACGAGGAGUACAUGCAGGAGAGAAGUGUAGAGCAGCAGGUUCUCCAGAGCGAGUGUAGACGUCUGGAGACGCAGCAUUACAAUCUCACUCUGACAUCUGAGCAGCUUUCUCAUAGCAUGAGGGAGCUGUUAGCACAGAAGCACAAUCUAGCGCUAAAGAGAGAUCGUAUGCAAGCCGAACUGGAGCACAUCAAGAAAUGUUUGACAUUGCCAUUAUUUAACUGGCACAGAGGAUACUACAAGAGACCUUCACCGAGGUGACCGUACUCACUCUAAAGAUGGACCAUAGAGUGACAGGAAUCAACGCGGCCUCACAUGAGAACAUAGGAUUUCAGCUUCGGCAUGAAGAAGAUAGACAAGCUAUUGUUCAUUAUCUGGUGCCUCACUGUGACUCACUGCACUACAAGUCCAACCACUAGACAGAACAAAACAGCCAUCACAUAUCCAUUACUUGACAUACGGACUACAUUUGACAGGACGCUUGCCAAGAGGUGCAGAAAAGCACCCCAGAGCUGGAUAUGCACUGACAACUGAUCUCUCAGACAUUUGGUAGAAAACUCUUGUUCUGGAUGAUGAGCCGAUGUGGAAUUUAGUUCAAAUGCUUUCAUAUUUAUACAGAUUUUAAAAGAACAUGAUUGUGUAAAAUACUGUCAAAUCACAUUUUUGUAUGUUUUUAUUAUUAAUGAUUAAUUAUACAAAGGACCGUAAUUUGGAAUAUAAAUAUUUUAAUGCUUUUUGCAGGGAAAACAAAUUGUUGAUAAGGUACUGCUGGUCAGAUUAGGAGAAAUGUUAGAGAAAGAAGUGGGUUGAAUUGAGUUUAUUUCAAAAUCUCUCUCUCUAAAAAAAAAAAAAAAAAGAGAAAAGGUUUUAGAUUAUUAAUUAUAAUUGUCCGAAAGUCAUGAAAGUGUUUGCCUAGUGCUCUUUCCUGUAUGCUUUGCUAUUCUCUCUCUCCAUCCAAAAUUUCAAUGCCACAACCAGUACAUGGCUAUUUGAAAAUGGACACUAAAAUAAAACCGAUCAAAUGUGGGGAUUACUUUAUAAAAACUUUCAUUACUGACAAACAGCAUACAAUAUUUAGCAGACCAGCAGUUCAUGUACAUUCAAGUGCUUCAUGGCAGUUUUUAAUGUACAUGUACAUAAAUGUAUGAUCAUGAUCAUAUGGAUAAUAAAAUAUAUAUAAUAAAAACUCGAUUGAAAUACAUCUCAAAAUGUAGCAGCUGAGGACAUCAAAUAAU